UAGGCCAACAGAAACUAUUCUAUAUAUAUACACAUCAAAGCCUCGAGGACAGGAGCUAUCACAACACUGCUGUGUUUAACAACCUUGGAAACACAAGAACUAGUAGAGUUCUUUUUAAGAAACUCUUUGCUAAUGGGAAGACACCCUUGUUGUGUAAAGCCUAAGCUGAGGAAAGGGUUAUGGUCACCAGAAGAGGAUGAGAAAUUGUUCAACCACAUUGCUCGAUUCGGUGUCGGUUGCUGGAGUUCUGUUCCUAAAUUAGCUGGUUUGCAGAGGUGUGGAAAGAGUUGCAGACUGAGAUGGAUAAAUUACUUGAGGCCUGACUUGAAGAGAGGAAUGUUCUCACAGGAAGAGGAGGAUCUUAUACUCAGUCUCCACCAACUUCUCGGAAACAGGUGGGCACAAAUUGCAGCACAAUUACCUGGAAGAACAGAUAACGAGAUAAAGAACUUCUGGAAUUCAUGUUUGAAGAAGAAGCUGAUGAAGCAAGGUAUUGAUCCCAGCACCCACAAGCCAUUAUCUGAAUCAGAAAACAAAAUUACAAAUGAGAAGAAUUACAGAGAUGAAGCUUCUAUGAUGCAAUCAUCACAAGCACAUCAUAUUGAAUUUGCAACCACCGAAACAGAGAAACCAUUCACUGUCGACAGAGGCUGUCGCGACAGUAGUGACAAUGAUACAUUAGCAAAAAGUCUGGCGGAAUCUUUGCACAGCAAACCCAACUAUGAUCCUGUAUUCUUACUCGAAUUCCAGGAAAGAAUCAAUCCAGAAGGAUACAAUUCCAACCUUAUGGGGCAUUUUCAGCAGUAUCAACCCUCGUAUGACCACGACCAGUUUGAAGCCAAGCCGAACUUUGGGUUUUCCUCCAUGCCAGAACUAACAAAUUACGACAUUCAGGGAAUUGCAGAAGCUGAAUUUUCUGCAAAUUCCGCUUCUACAUUGACUUCAUUACUGUUCAGUGAAGUAAAAGAAUGCUCGAGUAAUAGCUCAAUUGGAACUAGUACUGCAAAUGCCGGAUUUGAGAUGGACAAAAUGGUGGGAAAUCAUACUACUUUUCCAUGGGAUGCUGCUAACAGUUUGGAAUCAUUGUUCCAAUUCAGCGGAAUCAAAACUGAAGAAUCAAUGGAAGCGAGUCAAUGGCAAGGACAGCCUCAAUGUUCAGAUGAUUACAUUAGUUAUCAGCUAACGUCUCUUUCAGAAGAUAUAAACGCAGAAAUCUUUCACCAGAUAUGAACUUUAAAUUCAAUGGUAUUUUCAACACAGCACAAGUAAACAUAUAAUGGUGUUUGUAGCACAGUUUUUAGAUAAAAGGUUUGCGGUGAGUUAGUUUAGUUGCUUCUAUUCUUUUCUCCUCUGUUAUUCUGUAGGUGAUAAACACAUACUGUCCUCAUUGUUAUUUGUAGAUACUGUAUUAUUAUAAAUUGAAUAAAGAUUUUACAUUUGUUUCUUUAUAGUAA